UUAAGUCAUUUGGAAUAGCUAGAUAUGUGUGUUAUCGAAUUCAGUGUUGAAAAAAGAUAAAGAAUGAAGUUUAAUUUGGAGGAGUUGUAACAAGCAGAUGGCACCCACUCGGCGGAAUCACACGGGAGCUGAAGAGGAAGUGAGAAGGAAAAGAAGGGAAAAGGAGGAGGGUUAGAAGUAGGAGGGGGAGUCUGUUUGUUGACAUCGGACGAAAACGAAAAUCAGAUGAGUGAAGACUAGUGAUAAUAACUCAGUUUCUCGUCGUCAUUAAGACACACAGCCCUGGCGGAAGCUAAGUGCUUGCCUCCUAAGGUCCCCUGCACUGCCCUGAUCUGAGCCAAAGAGGAAGAGGCUAACAUGGCAGCCAAAGCAGGAGACAACCCGGAGAGCCUCAUGACUCUGGCAACUGUCUUCUGCCUGAGGAACCUCAGGAAGACCAUGUGUUACCAGGGAUUCAGGAACAAGCUCUGCCUACGCUCAGACAUCUUCCUUCCCAGUGAAAUCUGUGACAAGUUGGUCAACACAUAUAUGGAGUUGGUCCACACCGACAGUAACUUUGAACCAGAGGAGAGCUUCUUCCAACUAUUCUCAGACCCCCGAAGCACCAGACUGACCAGGGUACAGCUUAGAGAAGACUUUGUACGUGACAGAGAUCUGGAGGCUAUUAGAAAACAGGACCUGAUUGAGCUCCACCUCACAUACUGCAACAGUCUAUCAUCCAGGAGUUUGAAAACAUUGACCUGUUUCCGUGAGACCUUGGUGUCUCUUUGUCUUUUCGGCUGCAGCCACAUCUUCUAUAGAAAGGGUGGCGCUCCACUCGCCUGCAAUGAAGACACCGAGGAUGAGGAGGAGGAGAGCCCUGCGUCUAGGCAAGCUUUAGAGACAGACUUUAACUUCCAGGGGUUCAACCGACUCAGAUUGCUCAACUUGGGUGGCCUACCUGACGAGGUGGAUGCUGAGACAUUGCUCAAACCCCUGAAGUCACUCCACUCACUAGAUCUGUCUAAUGUACAGUUGCUGGGAACAGCUUUUCUCACCCAGUGGAAAGACAGACUGGCCUCUCUUGUGCUCUACAAUGUGGACCUGUCAGAGGAACUGGUCAGUACGGUGGUGGAGCUUGUUAAUCUCAGGCACCUUGACAUCUCGCGGGAGAGCAGACGAACCUCUAAGUUUAAGAUGACCAGGAAAAUCCUGACGGCAGUUGUGCAGCGUCUGGUCAAUUUGGUGUCACUGGACAUCUCAGGUCAUAUUAUGCUGGACAACUGCACAGUUCCACAUUUUGAAGAAGCUAUGGGCCGACCCAGCAUUGAACCGUGCAAGAGCAGCAUCUAUCCUUUCCAGGAAUUGAAGAGGCCCCUGCAGUUUCUGGGCUUAUAUGACACCACUCUGUGUAACGUGACACACAUACCUGCUUAUAAGGUGACUGGAUCAAAGAAUGAAGACCAGGUCCUGAAUGCUAUUGAGGCUUACACAGAGUUUCGCCCUGAGCUGGCCCACAGAGCCAUCAAUCAGCUGUUUGACAUUGCCAGGAUACAACACUGCAGCCAGUUGCUCCGAGCUUUGCAACUUGUCAUAGCAGCAUUAAAGUGCCAUAAAUAUGAUAAGAGCAUCCAGGUGACUGGCAGUGCUGCUCUGUUCUACCUGACCAACACAGAGUACCGCAGUGACCAGAGUGUGCGGUUGCGCAGACAGGUCAUUCAAGUGGUACUAAAUGGAAUGGAGCAAUACCAGGAGGUCACUGUCCAGAGGAACUGCUGCUUGACUCUGUGUAACUUCAGUAUUCCAGAGGAGCUGGAGUUCCAGUACAGUCGGGUUAACCAGCUGCUGCUGAAAAUCUUGGAACCAGCCAGGCAGGAUGAGUCCAUCCAGAGAAUCGCUGUUCAUCUCUGCAAUGCUUUGGUGUGUCAGGUGGACAACCAUCACAAGGAAGCUGUGGGAAAGAUGGGAUUUGUUAAGACUAUGUUGAAUUUAAUUCAGAAGAAGCUACAAGACAGGAUGUGUGACCAGGUGAUGGAGUUUUCCUGGAGCGCUCUGUGGAACAUCACUGAUGAGACACCUGACAACUGUCAGAUGUUCCUCAACUGUCGGGGAAUGAGUCUCUUUCUUGAGUGUCUGCAGGAGUUUCCAGACAAGCAAGAGCUUCACCGGAACAUGCUGGGGCUUUUGGGAAAUGUUGCUGAGGUCAAAGCUCUGAGGCCACAACUGCUCACCCCACAGUUCAUCACUGUAUUCAGUAACCUCCUGGACAGUAAGGCAGAUGGGAUUGAGGUGUCAUACAACGCAUGCGGGGUGCUUUCACACAUCAUGUUUGAUGGGCCAGAGGUUUGGUCGAUGGAAGAGCCACGAAGAGACACAGUGAUGGACAAGAUGUGGGAUGCCAUCCAGAGCUGGGAUGUCAGCUCACGUCGCAACAUCAACUACAGGUCAUUUGAGCCCAUCCUGCGACUGCUGCCCCAGAGCAUCUCUCCAGUCAGUCAACACUGGGCCACAUGGGCUCUCUACAACCUGGUAUCAGUUUACCCAAGCAAGUAUUGUCCUCUGCUGAUAAAAGAAGGAGGAAUAAGUCUUCUGGAGAAAGUUCUGGAACUGGACAGCUCACAGCCAGAGACCAAGGACAUGGCAAGGAAAGUAAUGGAUCAGUGUGAAAACUUCAAAGAAGAUCCCAUGGAAACGAAUCAUGGACAGGAGGUAAACCACGGACAAAGAGGUUGACACCACAGGAGCUAUGAUUCCCAGCAAAUAUCAAACAAACCAACCUAAGGCCCCACCUACUGUCAUCAUCACAAGGGUCAAUUGUGUGCAUUCUUCUUAUUCUAUCAUUCUUAUUAUUCUGUAGAGCAGAACUGCAUCACAGCAGUUUGGAUGAAACCUUAAUAUAUGACACAUGACUUAGGAUGUGGUGCAUGGUGUCUUCUUGUGAGGGUGCUUACCUUUGCUGCACAUAAGCAUCUCUUCUGUUUGGACAGGUUUGUGGGGGUGGGUGACCGUUAUCCUUUGUGUGUGUGUGUGUGUGUGUGUGUGUGUGUGUGGUGUGUGUGUGUGUGUGUGUGUGUGUGUGUGUGUGCGUGCGUGCGUGCGUGCGUGCGUGCGUGCGUUUGUUUGUGUCAAAGAUUUAACGACAGAACAAAACAGUUGGAGUGAUGCUUGAUUCUCAGUGGAAGGAAAAGAAAGCCCUCCCUAGCUCACUACCAUUAACUGUAACUUUGAACGAAAGGCUCAAGGCCAUGUCGUGUUCUGCGCCACCAUUAGAGGUCUCAGCUCUCACGCUGCUCUCUCACGCUCGCGCAUGCUUGUGGAGGCCACUGAGCUGCGGACAGACGUACAGUGAAUAUUAGCCAGAGAAGCAUCACACUGGUGUUGAUGGAAGGGGAGGCCUUGUGACACAAUGAUGGACUUCUUUGUUAAAUAUGUAAAUAUUUGUCUCAUCCUUUUAUUGUGUGUAUGUUUUAUAACUGUAAACACUCAUGACUUUACUCUGUAUUUAAAUUUGUGUAGGUUUGACUGAUAUAUGGUCAGUGCUAAGAAACUAUAUACAGAUAGAUACAUACAAAUACCCAAUCAUUCAAACGUUCAUGAAUCAUGAAUACUCUUUGUUCUUUAAAGAAUCAUUUCGAUUUAGUUCAGCCUUGCUUUUGUUUUGAAUUAUCUGGCAUUUCAACCAGACUCUGUUGAUUAUUCUCACUGGAAGCAGCUGAGAGCUUCACUUCUAAAUACCACAAGUCUGUGGUCUUCUGUCUCUGCUCCUUCAGUACAGCCUUGAUAGAUACUUCUUGGUAGUGGGCCCUGUGCCACUCUACCAGAAAUGUAAAAUGACAGAUGUUAUCUUGAGUCGUAGUGAUUUUGUAGUCUCUUUCAGAUGCUUUGAUGAAAGAGAGGGCAGAAUUUCACACUGAAAAUAUAAAAAGAUGUAACGGUACAGACAGCAGUGAUUCCAAGGGUCAAGUAUGAUGCCAGAUAAUAAAAGAGACAAGGUUGAAAGAAACAAUUAUCCUUUUCAACACCAAAUGGCCCAUCAUGUUUACUGGUAGGUCGACAUGCUGCUAAGUAACUGCUUCACUUAAAUUAAACACUGUUCUCUUGAAAAGCUGAUGGGAGAAAAAUAAAAUGGUGCAUUUCCAUGUAUUUUUAAAGUUGAAACUGGGAUGAUCUGUGGAGGAAGUCAUGUGUGGCCCUCAGAAAUACAGUAACAUCCUCACAUGGAGGGAGAGUGAUGGAAUGCUUCAGUGGUUUGACAGUGAAUACAAAGGAAUCCUUGCUGAAUGUUUUGACAGCAGUUUAAAUUUCUGCUCAGGCUAUCACAGCUCUCAGCUUUGCUCUUACCCAACUGGUUUUAGCUUAAUUUAACUCCAUCUUUUUCUUAACCCAAAUCAGUGUUUGCACUGAAAACAAUUUCUUAUUCUUCUCCUAAACCUCUCCACCACUUUUUUCUUUGGGGUUUGCUAAUAUCUGUGUUCCAAGUCAAAUUGACACAACUGCACAAAUUUGUAGUAGAUGGUUCAUUGCAGUCUGAUGACUGCCACCUGUUCAUAAUACUUUCAAAGCUGAUUUUUUUUUUAAAUGCACACACACACACACACACACACACAUACACAAAUGUAAUAUGAUAAGACCACAGAUCACAGACCUCUUAAGCAGCAGUACAUUGAAAUACAUGAAAUGAAAGUAAAAUACAAAUGGACAAAGAUAAGCCUAGACCAGAAAUACAGUUACAGUGCAGUAGUAGGUUGUAAGUUUCCCCAAAUCAGUCAAAAGCAGAGUUUUUCAUUGUGAUUUGGAGGUGGACUUGCAGCCAAUUUAACAUCAUCAGGAAGUUGGUUCGAUCUGAAUACAGCAGAGAUUUAUAAACUAGCCACAGCAAAACCUAGAGACGGUGACUGGAGUGGAAGGGGAGCUUUAAGCUUUCCACAUUCACAGAAACACACACAGAAAAGUCACCCAUAAAUAAGAGUUUGAGGCCUCAUCAUAAGUUUUCCCUGUAACUUUUUGCUCUCAGUUAUUCUGUCCUCACCCUGCUGAGUGACGAUGAGAGGUUAUCUAUCUACCUUCAGCCGAGCCCAGGUUUCCAGUCACUGGACAUCAGUAUAGUGACACAGCAAAAAGGCCUCUGCUGUUUGUAGGCCAUACUUUCAUAGUAGCCAUAAGAAAUAACAGUGUGAGUCGUGUCUGUAGUAAAGAACAUAAAUAAAUCAGGGAGCAAAUAGCAAGGCGUCUGCACCACAGGCAGGAAGCACGGUGCUGCUCACGUUUUUCAACAUAGAACAAACAGAACAGGGACCCACUCUAACACGGCCCAAACUACUGAGCUUCUUUAUCACAAGGCAAACUUUCUGAAUCAGGACAUUCCUCUGGACACAGCAUUCACAAUAAGGAAGUGAAAGCUUGCCUACUGAAGGCAGAAUUAAAAUAUAAAAAUCUCAGCAGUUGCUGUCUGAAUGGGGAACAGCUUAGUGAGUGGACCUGCUGGGGCAUGGAAAUACAUAUUGCCGUGUUUAAAGACCUGUUUUAAUGCUGUGCAGAGUGCUCAUUGUAGAUGAAUGGAGAGGUACCAGUAGUUCCAUUAUUAGAAGUUCCAUUAUUCACCAGAACAAAUUCGAUAUCAACAGUAACACACAGCAGAUUUGGUAUGUUAGUUUCCUUUUUAACCUCAACAGGAAGUUUGACACUCAGAGGAACAUUAAGUCAAUACUUGGUUAAGUUUCUUUGCCUUAAAGUAUUACUGAGAGGAAAAAUGAUGUGAUGAAAAAACCUGAAAAAAUCAUACUAUAAAUUGGAGCCUGUUCAGUUGUACUUGUAAUUCAUUUGUUUAUGUCUUGGCUUGGGCAGCAACUAACUAUUAUUUCUAUUAUUCACCUGUUUUAAUUUUUUUCCAAUUAAUUGUUUAGAAAAAUGAACAGAGCCCAAGGUGGCAUCUUCUUUUUUCUUCUUAUUUCUUCUUUUUUUCUUUUCUUUUUUUUUUUUUUUUUGGUCAGGCCAGCAGUCCAGAUCCCAAAGGUAUUCAUUUUACAAUGAUGUUAAACAGAGAGAAGAAGCAAUAAUUAACUAUCGACUAACUGUUGCAGAUUUAACUUUCAGUCAACAAUGGAGCACAGUUUCAUUAAUCUACCACAUGUUUAAAUAGAGUUUAUUUUAGGUCAGUACUGUUUUUCCACCCUGGUUUAAUUCUUAGAGCAUUGCAAUUUUACCAUUGUGAUUUGAUUGCGCUUCAAUAAAUCACCAGAAUAUAGCUGAAUGAAUAGUUUGAGCAGGGAUUAAAGAUUCACUGUGAACACAGUGCUGAUGCUAAUUGUCGGAUUUGGAUGAUGGGUUGCAGUUUGAAGCUUUCAUUCACAACAACAUGAAUUCCUGAUCCAGGGAUUUCCCACACCUUAAAAUCCAUGCCAGUGUUACACUGACAGUCAUUUUUUCCUUUAGGUGUAAACUGUGUUGGUUCAGAUUAAACAGCUGGCACAGCAGUGUGUGUAGCUCCAUCUGGUUCCCAGUAUCAUCCUCUGUACACUGUGUCAUUCAUUUAUCAAUACAGUUGAAGAUUAUGUUCAUGAGUGAUGCCUAACUGAUGUUUUUUCUGUUUCAUAUCAGUUGUAUUGGGUUUUAUUCACUGAUCCAGUUUUUCUUUUUAUGGGAAUCUGAUUGGUACAGUUAUGUUUUAUUGCUAUUUCACAGUCAUGGUGGAAAUUAAUGUCCAAGUAGGCAGUGGUGUGAGAUGAAUAGCUUUAUUAGAGACUCAUUUAAUGUUUCUGUCUAGAAUCCACAUGUGGGGAUAUGGAGAAGAUUUACCAUGAUUUCACAUAUGGUCAGAACAAAAUCUGUUGUGAGUUUUAAAUCCUUAAGAAUGAGACAGUGUUUGAUUAAAGAUCUAGGUAAUAGAGGUGUGCACUCUCUGCAGAGAAAGUAGAUGAUCUUUUGGAAAUCUUCAUUACAGUCUCCAACACUUAUUCUCUCUAAUUUGAAAUCAUUGACAGCAGUGACAGCAGGUUGCUACUGUGGGGUGUUGACUGUUCUUGAUUAUUUAUAAACAUGUAUGUUCUGAAAUUAAAAAAAAAAAUACUGCUUCAGGACAACUGCUGUGUCAAAAACUGUUUCAGAUUUCAUCUACUAAUUUCAUAAUGUUUCUUAAGUUUGUCAGUACUCUGUUAUUGAGUUCUUUUAUAACUGCUGAUAAGUGUAAUCCAAACUGAGUGAAAAACCUUUGAUCCAAACAGUGUGGAAUUCCAGUUUUCCCUGAUCUGAAUAGUACCAGGCCAUUAGUGUAAAGGUAUGAAUAAGCAAUAAAAUAGAGUGGUAACAA